AUGUCUCAGAAUCUUAACAAACCAGCAGCACCACUGUUGAAUGAGCACCAACGUUAUUACACGAAUGAAGAAUUAGAUUAUGAAACAGAACAGGAUGCAGAAGAUAUUUUGGACUAUACAAAUGGUUCUGAAGAGAAUAGCGAGGAUGAUACCCAAGAACGGUGGAUUAAUGAAACUUUAGCCAAUGCACUCACUUUAAAAUGGCACAGAAGACCAUCUAAAUAUAAAUUAUAUUUUUUGAUAGCAACUCAAUCAAUUUCUUCGAGUUUACUAAUUGGCCCAACAACUAUUUUGUUAUUAUCUAAAAUAUGUAAAUCCGUAUCUACAACUACUGAAGGUUGUAAAACAAACUUUGAAGCCCAAAAAAUAUUGUCCGAGGUUCAAUCUUACCAAUAUAUUAUCAAUGGGAUUCUAGGGUUUACACUAUCUGGUAAAUUCGGUGAACUAAGUGAUCGAUAUGGGAGAACAUUUGUUUUUAAAGUGUUCAGUGUUGUUAACACAGUUCAUAUUUUUUUAUUAAUUUUUUUUUUUCAACCAGGUAAUGAUUUCAGUAAAUGGGAAAGCAUUAUCUGCUUAUGUAGCGGCUCAAUGGCUGGCGGUAUUAUGUCCUUAAUUGCCAAUGGAAAUAGCUAUUUGAGUGAUAUUAUUCCAGCACAAAAGCGUACUGUUGCAAUUAGUCUACUAAUGAGUAUAGUUUACGGUGGUUUGGGACUUGGCCCCUUUUUAGGGUCUAUUCUUGUUAAGUAUUAUCCCUGUACAACAAAUAGUAAUAAUGAUGGUAACUUGGCUCCUUUUUAUUUUUCGUUUAUUUUAAGGGUAUUUUCUUUGAUUUUGUGUUUUUUCUACAUGGGAGAAACUAGACAUCAGGAGGCCAUGCUUUUGUCUCAACAAGAAUAUUUAAUAGCACAUAAAAAUAUCGAUGCAAAUCGAAUUAAAUACUUUAAAACUAAGUUUUUAAGUAUGUUUACAGGUGUGCUAAAAAUAUGGCAGGUCAAUGGUAGCGAAACCGACAUUAUUAUUCCUCAUACAAAUAAUAGGAAUGACAAAUCAAGGGCUCGUAUUAAUGUUUUAAUAUUAUUAGUUAUAGAUUUAUUGCAUAUGGGUAUUACUGUGGGUUGUACGCCCGUUUUAAUUCAAUACAGUAUUUUAAAGUAUGGGUUUGAUGGUGUACAAAUUGGGUACACUAUAAGUAUCCAUGGGUUGGGCAAAGCCAUAGUUUUAUUACUAUUAACACCGAUUUUUAUGGGGUUUUUACAAAAACGUACCAAUAAAAUGUUUUACGUUCCUAAACAAUCAAUUGAUUCAAAUGAAAAGAUUUGUAUAAUAACUUCGUUAGCUUUCAUGGUAUCGUCUAUAAUUUCCAUUUUUGUGGUGCAUAACGAAUUUGCUAUAUAUUUAAGUGCUGUUUUGCAAAGUUUAAGUGCUAUGAUUUCGCCAACCAUUCAAAGUGUUAUCAUUAAAUAUUUUCACACCCAAUAUACUGGUCAGAUUUUCGGUGCCAUAGCUUUAUUGAGGCAUUUGGAUAUGCUUAUUAUGCCUUCGUUCUUCUUGCAGGUUUAUUCUCAUACAGUUGAUGAUAAUCCAAUAACUGUGUUUUACAUUCCAUUGUUUCUUGGUAUUUUGGCUAUUUUACUAACACCGUUUUUAACACCUACAGAUCGUAAUGACGACGUUAACAUGGGUAAUAACAAACAUGGUUCUAUAACUAAUUCGUAUGUAGCUACCUGUGAACAAUCUACUUUUAAUUUAUUGACUGAAACUAAUACUUCACACAAAGAUAGUUGUAUUGUUCGCAGUAAUAAUUCCAAUAGGGCUAGUGGAAUGGUAUAUAAUUCCUUAUGA